CAACAAAAGUUGUUUACUUAAAAGUUAAAAAAGUGAUUAAAGUGAGAAAAUCGGUUUUAUACACAAAAAUUGAGUUAGAAAAAGAUAUUUAUAGUGAAGUCGUGGCAACUCAGUAUGAAAAAUUGUUAAUACAUACAUAUGUACAUAUGUAUAAAAAUUUCAAAUCUUCAAAAAAAGAACCUAACCAUUUUUUAAAAAACAAUUUUUUACGUACUUUCCACAAACAACUCGAUAACAAAAUGUGCUCAAAACACAAAAACUUCUAUCGUGUUGGCACCACGUGCAACAAACUCCUCGUCACCCCGCUUAUCUACUGCAUUAUCCUGCAUUUACUAUCAACAACAACGCACGCUGUAUCCUCUAGCGCUACAGCAAAUCAUCUCAUGUCCAGCGGCAGCAUUGUCGGUGACAGUGGUAGUAGUAGCAGCCGGGACAGCAGCAGCGGUGGGGGCAGCAACGUGGGCAUUGCCAAUGCCAACAAUGGAUUACAGUGUCAACGUAUCACAGUGCCAGCAUGUCAGGGUCUGGGCUACAAUAUGACAGCUAUGCCAAAUUUGGCAGGACACAGCAACCAGUUGGAAGCCGAACUGCGGCUGACGAAACUGGUGCCACUCAUCGAAUCGUCUUGCUCAAAUCGCGCACGCUUUCUGCUUUGCUCGUCACUCUUCCCGCUCUGCACACCCGACGUACCACGUCCAGUCACAGCGUGCAAGCAACUCUGCGAGACAGUGAAGAGUGAGUGCGAAACGCAUGCGGAACUCAUGCAAUUAUGGCCCGACUUCCUCAACUGUGACACGUUACCACAGCCGGAGAAACAUGAGCUUUGCAUGCAAAUACCGCAGGACACCGACAAGCAGCAUAUGAGUGUGCAAACGCUCUCGCCCUCGCCCCAGCUGCAGUAUCAACAGCCAACGCAAUUUUAUUGGCCUUGGUCGACUUGGAAAAUGCCACCACAUUUGAGUAAAAACAUUGCGCCCACCGCCAUUUGUCCGCACAACUUUACCGCCGAUCCACUAAACGUCGAUCUAUGCGUGCCGCAAUGCAAUCGUGAUGCCUUCUACUCGACGCAACAGAAGAAAAUCGCAGAGAGUCUUAUACUGGGACUGUCAGCUGUUUGUUUUGUUUUAACGCUCUUCUCGCUGGUCACCUUCUGGGCGGAACCGACACGUUUUGGUUAUCCCGAACGACCAGUGCUUUUCCUCUGCCUCUGCUAUAAUCUCUUCAGUGUUUGCUACCUAGAACGCAUCGUCUUUCACAACUCUACGCGCACGCUGGCCAUGCUCGAAGAUCCGUUGGGUAAAGCAAGCGCGGUCUGCACUAUCUCGCCACCUUGCUUAGCCUCAUAUAUCACCACCAGCUAUUUGAGUUUGUGCGCAGCCAGUUGGUGGCUCAUAUUUGCGCUUUGCUUCUUUCUCUCGUCGCACAAAAAAUGGUCAAGUGAGGCGCUGGAGAAGAAGUCUGGCCUUUUUCAUGUACUCGCCUGGGUGCCACCGUUAGCGCCACCUAUUGCUGCUUUGUUAAUGGAACAAGUACGUCCAAAUGAGUUGACUGGCAUGUGUACGGCUUUCGGUUUUGUAGAGAUUCCCGCCUUGGUCUUACUACUGCUCGGCAUCUUUUUCACUGUACGUGCCUCACACUCACUGGAUGCACUGCAACAACAAAUGAAACCGAUUUUCGGCCACCAACGCUUCUCGCAGAUCCGUAAACGCUUUCUCAUCUACUCUUUGCUAUUCUUCAUGCCAACAGUGGCAGGCGUGAUAAGUUCAUUCUUCGAACGUUACGUGGACACAGUGCCCGCUUGUUCUACGCACGAGGAUUGCGCGCCGCCAGCGCUACGUACAGCUUGGCCUACGCUUAUAAGGAUAUUUUUCCAGUUAACAGGGGGCACCCUCACCGGCAUGUGGGUGUGGUCGCGCAAGACGUGUGAGUCAUACCGCAGUCGCCUGGUCGCCACACCGACCUCCUCGUCGACGACAACAAAAUCGAUCUCAUCGUUGCCGAAGAAGCACUUACAUACGAAUGGCAAGUCGGCGAGCAGUGCCUUAUAUAGCGGUAUUAACUUUCACAAUGUGCCGGUGUACAAUCCGACUCAGGUGCAUGUGUAGCGGUUAUCAGUUGGAGUGGGGGAGGAUAGUGAAGCUGCCGAGCAGCAGAACAAAGUGAGGGCGGGUGUAUAUAACUUGGGUUUAUAUCUUUAAGAAGACUAAGUUAGUUUUAACCCUUUAAGGCUCGAAUGUUAUUUUUAUUUAUAAAAAAAAAUGUUUUUAAGAUCUUUCAUACGCAUGUACAUAGUAUAUGUUGUAGUUGUAAUUGAAAAUAAUUAGUUGUUGUAUAAUCAUGCACACCUUUUAAUGUAAAAUAGUACCAGUACUAGUUGUUUUAGGGCUAGUGCAAAACUGAUUACUUUUGGUCUGGUACUGGUCUAAUGGGCAAAAUUUCAUAAAAUAAAAUAUCAAUAUCAAUUUUCUAUUAUACGAGUAUAUGCUAAAAAUAAUCAA